CAUAAAUCGCGCCGCUCGCGCUCUCCACGCCGCAAUGAUGACCAACACGACUCUGAAAAGCACAGUUUGCAUCGCUCGCACCGUUCACGCUCCCCGCCUGCGAAGCCAGUGAAGCUUCCGUACCAAGCAAAGCCGCUGUCCAAGCACGAUCUAGUAGCAUACAAACCGUUAUUCCAGUCUUAUCUGGAUAUACAAAAGCAUAUACAACUAGACGAGCUCGACGAGCGGGAAGCGCGUGGGCGCUGGAAGAGCUUUGUGUCGCGAUGGAACCGUGGAGAUCUGGCGCGCAGCUGGUACGAUCCCUCGAUGCUGCAGACUGCACAAGAAGCCGUACAAGCAUACCGUGCGGGCUCCCAGUCGCCUCGACCUGCAAAACGCGCAUCGCCAGAGUAUGAGCAGCGCGCAUCCGCCUCAGCACAGAAGUCUGACGACAGCGACGAUGACUUCGGUCCCGCACCGCCCACACAUCUGGCACGCGCCUCGGGCCACGGUCCUACAAUACCGCGCUUCGACGACCUGACGCACCGCAAUGAGCUGCGCGACGAAGACAACGCACGCGACCGCUCAGCCCACGCCUCCGACACACGACACGAGCGCAAAGCCGAGCGGGAGACGCAAAAAGAGCGCAUGGACGAACUCGCACCACGCGCCGACCCUGGAUCCCGCGAGCGGCAGCUUGAGAAGAAGCGCGAUAUGACCAGCACGUUGCAGUCUUUCCGCAACGCCAAGGAAGGCGGUGAUGUGGAGAUCGGGGAGAGCGAGCUCAUGGGCGAUGACGGCAUC